CGAGUUUCAAGUUGAGUUUCUCUUCCCCUCCCCCCCAACACCGUCUGCGCAUUCCCUUCAUCCCUCUCCCGUCAACGCACCGUGGUCGACCAUUGCAACCAUGGCGUCCGAUAUGACAAACCCUAUUCUGGGCGCCCUGUCCGCCACCGAUGGCCCGAUUAUCUCCAGCGAAGCCUUCCCCUCCAUCCCCUCAUUGAAUAUCAAAAGUGCGCUGGAUCGUCUAGCCUCGAGGCAGAUGGUUGAAUAUGAGACAAUUGAAAAAGAGGUAGCUGCUCUGUCAAAGGAAGGAGAGGAAAUUGCCAACAAUGGUAGCCACGAAGCCAAGGUCUUUGAGGCAGUCCUCGCCGCCAUGGACGGUCUGAAAAUUGGAGAUCUCCCCGGAAUUGUUGGAAAGGAGAACGCCAAAAUUGGUCAGGGUAAUGCUUUUAAGCGAGGCUGGAUUAAGAAGGAUAAGGACAUUCUACGUGUGACCACGGAUACCAUCGUCGACGAGACCAGGGCACAGCUGUUGAACAUCCAGCAAACCCAGACCCUCUCCGAUCAGAAGGCUCUGACGGACUUGAAGCGACGGAAGCUGGUCACUUUCCAAAAGGUCAUCACUUUCAAGAUCUCCAAGGGCCCCAAGUUUGCCAAAGAAUUUGUCAAGGAGGAAACAGACUUGACUGUUGAAAUGCUCCAGAAUGGAUCGUGGAAGAACACCCACUUUAAGCCCUACAACUUCAAUGCGAAGGGUGCCUCUACUCCCUCCGGAGCCCUGCACCCCCUCAACAAGGUCCGACAGGAAUUCCGAAACAUCUUCUUCGAGAUGGGUUUCGAGGAGAUGCCGACCAACCGCUUCGUGGAAACCGGCUUCUGGAACUUUGACGCUCUUUACGUGCCUCAGCAACAUCCCGCUCGUGACCUCCAAGAUACCUUCUAUAUCUCAGAUCCAGUGAAGGCUGAUCCUCCGCGUGAGGACCCCGCGGAGGACCCUCAUCGCCCCAAGAGCGUGUUCAAAUCCUCUGCCCCCGAGAAGAAGCUCGACUACCAAGAAUACUGGGACAACGUCCGGAAAGUCCACGAGGACGGCAAGUACGGCUCCAUUGGUUACCGCUACCCAUGGAGCGCAGAUGAGGCGCUGCGCCUGGUCCUCCGCACACACACCACCUCGGUCUCGACGUACAUUUUGCACAAGCUGGCAGCCAACCCCCGACCCGCCAGAUAUUUCAGUAUCGAUCGUGUCUUCCGUAACGAGGCUGUCGAUGCCACUCACUUGGCUGAAUUCCACCAGAUCGAGGGUGUCAUUGCCGACUUUGGCCUGACGCUUGGUGGUCUGAUCGGUUUCAUGGAAGUCUUCUUCGCUAAGAUGGGCAUUCACCAACUGCGCUUCAAGCCCGCUUACAACCCUUACACCGAGCCUAGUAUGGAGAUCUUCGGUUACCACGAGGGACUCGGCAAGUGGGUGGAAAUCGGAAACAGUGGUAUGUUCCGACCGGAGAUGUUGGAGCCAAUGGGGCUUCCUAAAGACAUGAGGGUUUACGGAUGGGGUCUCAGUCUUGAGCGCCCAACCAUGAUCAAGUACGGAGUGAGCAAUAUUCGAGAACUCCUGGGCCACAAGGUCGACUUGAAUUUCAUCGAGACCAACCCCGCGGUAAGAUUAGAGAAGGAGUAAACAAAAAAAAAAAUUUUCUUUCUUUCUUUGUUAGAAGGGACCGAUAUGUAGCGCGUUGGCAUUCCUAUCAUGGUUGAAUAGAGUCGUGAAAAAAAAAAUCAUCAUCAUGAUAUACCCAUACAAUCAAAUUAUGAGAUUAUGCAGAUCACAGAUACAGUAGAAUAAAAAGUUUUGCAUUGCAUUC